UGAUCACAUGCAUUAAGCGGCAUAAUGGAUUGGUUGAAAGAAAUUUACUCUAUUUUAAGACAGGGGAUUUUUUUCUUUAUCACGUGAUGAUCAAAAUGGCAGCUCACUGUGACUUCAGCUCCUUAGAACUUUUGAUGAAGGCCUCCUCAAAAGAGAAAGUGGUUAAGGUCUGCAAUGAUGUGUAUGUGAUGGGCUCCUCUCAGUCUGAUGGACUCCUGUCAUCUGUGUGUGAAAGUCUGGGGACUCGUCCAAAUGAAACAAAAAAGAUGAUAGAAUCCCUUUCUUCUGUACUAAAGACUAUAAUAUUUCAUGGAUAUACUGAACCACAAGAAAUACAAAGCUUAUUUCCAAAGGACUUUCACAAGAAUUUACGUGACUUGAUAACAAAGAUUGCUUUGGACAACAUGAAUACCUGGAAAACCCAUUCCAUUAGCACUCAAGUGUCCCUGCCUCGGCUGGUGGAUUUUGACUGGAGGGUAGACACAAAGAUGGCUUCCGACUCUGUCAGCAGGACGUCCGUUCCAACAUGCAUUCUACAAAUGAAGGUACAAGAAAAUCAAACAGAUGUCAAAACAACUCCAGAGAACCAUAAUAUCAAUGUUGAACUAUCAAAGGAAACCCUAGAUACAAUGUUAGAUGGACUGAGUAAAAUCAGGGACCAGUUAUCCUCUGUCGCCAGGAGAUAGCCCUAUUACAUAUGUAUAUAUUAUGUAUGUUGUAUCUAAAUCACUGAACUGUGUGCAAUAUAUUUUUUUAUAUAGACUGAUUUAUUACAAUAAAGAAUGUAUAUAUUUGU